AUGAUGACGGCUGGCCUCUCCCCUGUGCAGACCCCAACCGAUGCACUGCCCACCCUGAUGAAGGGUGACAAGUCCACAUUCUUCCAGUUCGGGGCGGCGCUGCAGCAGGAGGCUCUGCUCAUGCUGGCCAUCAUGGAGGAGUACGACUGGCACGUCUUCUCCAUCGUCACCUCCAAGUUCCCCGGGUACCAGGACUUCAUCAGCACCCUGCGCGUCACCGUGGACCACAGUUUCGUCCGCUGGGACCUGCAGAGCGUGGUCACCCUGGACGCUGUGGACGGCGACCCAAACUCUAAAUCGCACAUCGCGCUAAAGAGAAUCCAGAGUCCGGUCAUCCUGCUCUACUGCUCCAAGGACGAGGCCAUGUACAUUUUGGAGGAGGCCCGCUCUCUGGGCCUGGUUGGAGCUGGUUACAUCUGGAUAGUGUCCAGUCUAACCACCGGCAACCCUGACUUCACCCCGGAGAUGUUCCCUCUGGGUAUGAUCUCGGUCUCCUAUGACGACUGGGAGUACCCGCUGGAGAGCCGGGUGCGGGACGGGGUGGGCAUCAUCUCCUCCGCAGCCACAGCCAUGCUCAGGGAGAAGGGGGAGCUGCCUGAGGCCCAGAGCGGCUGCUACGGGACAGCAUCUGACCGCAGUCCAGGGAAACUGCCUCCCAGCGCCCUCCGCAGACAUAUGAUGCAUACGUGGAAUGAUGGGAGGGACCUGUCUUUCACCCCUGACGGGUACCAGGCCAACCCCAAACUGGUGGUGAUCGUCCUUAACCGGGAGAAGAAGUGGGAGAAGAUGGGCCGCUGGGAGAACGGGACCCUGGGGCUGAUGUUCGCUGUGUGGCCUCGGUAUAACUCGUAUGGAGACGAAGACGCAGAUGAGAACCACCUGUCCAUUGUGACUCUGGAGGAGAAGCCCUUUGUGAUCGUGGACAACGUGGACAUCCUGACGGGCACCUGUAUGCGCAACUCUGUGCCCUGCCGCAGACACAUCAAAGAUAACAGCACGACAGGAGGGGCCUACGUGAAGCAGUGCUGCAAAGGCUUCUGCAUAGACAUUCUGAAGAAGAUCGCCCGUAACGUCAAGUUCACAUACGACCUCUACCUGGUCACCAACGGCAAACAUGGCAAGAAGAUUAAUAAUAUGUGGAACGGCAUGGUAGGAGAGGUGGUCUACAAGAAGGCAGAGAUGGCUGUUGGCUCGCUCACCAUCAAUGAGGAGAGGUCUGAGGUCAUCGACUUCUCCGUGCCCUUCGUGGAGACGGGCAUCAGCGUCAUGGUGUCCCGGAGCAAUGGCACGGUCUCCCCCUCCGCCUUCCUCGAGCCCUUCAGCGCCUCCGUGUGGGUCAUGAUGUUUGUCAUGCUGCUCAUCGUCACUGCCAUCGCCGUCUUCCUGUUCGAGUUCAUCAGUCCACUGGGCUUCAACCGCAACCUGGCCCAAGGGAAAGACCCCCACGGACCCUCGUUCACCAUCGGUAAGGCCGUGUGGCUGCUAUGGGGUCUGGUGUUCAACAACUCUGUGCCCGUGCAGAACCCCAAAGGCACCACCAGUAAGUUCAUCGUCUCCGUGUGGGCCUUCUUUGCUGUCAUCUUCCUGGCCUCCUACACCGCCAACCUGGCCGCCUUCAUGAUCCAGGAGGAGUUUGUGGACCAAGUGACCGGUCUGUCUGACAAGAAGUUCCAGUCCCCAUACUCAUAUUCACCUCCUUUUCGCUUUGGGACGGUCCCCAACGGAAGCACGGAACGUAACAUUCGCAAGAACUACCCCAAUAUGCACCAGUACAUGACCAAGUACCACCAAAAGGGGGUGCAAGACGCCCUGGUGCAGCUCAAGACCAAGUGA